CUUUACAAAUCCCAGCCAAUGGUGUGUCAGGUUUGUUUUACGUUUCAUAGCAUUCGUCGCAUCCGGGUGAGGACUUUGGGGUGAGAAGGCUUUCAUUCGUAGCUGGUGGCUCUCCGUGUUGAGGAUGUUCGGAUCGCUUCGGGUGCUUUUGAAGGUGCUGUGGGCCCAGCUGCUUUGUGGGUGGGUGCUCGGCUCUGAGCUAACUUUUGAGCUGCCAGACAAUGCUAAACAGUGUUUCUACGAAGACAUAAUUAUCGGCACUAAGUGUACGCUGGAGUUUCAGGUAGUAACUGGUGGCCACUAUGAUGUGGACUGCCGUUUGGAGGAUCCAGAUGGCAGUACUCUCUACAAAGAGAUGAAGAAGCAGUAUGACAGUUUUACCUUCACAGCGGCCAAGAACGGCACCUACAAGUUCUGCUUCAGCAAUGAGUUCUCCACCUUCACGCACAAGACGGUUUACUUUGAUUUUCAGGUUGGCGACGACCCUCCACUUUUCCCCAAUGAGAACAGGGUCACUGCUCUUACUCAGAUGGAAUCAGCCUGUGUCUCUAUCCAUGAGGCCCUGAAGUCAGUCAUCGACUACCAGACGCAUUUCCGCCUCCGUGAGGCCCAAGGACGCAGUCGGGCUGAAGAUCUCAAUACUCGUGUUGCAUUCUGGUCUAUUGGAGAAGCCAUUAUCCUGUUGGUGGUUAGCAUCAGCCAGGUGGUCUUGCUGAGAAGCUUCUUCUCUGACAAGAAGACCACUAUGACACGUGUUGGAUCAUAACAGUCUCUGAGCUCCAGGAUAUGAUGCAUAGCAUUUUGUCUGUACCUUGGUUCAUGUGCAUGGAGUAAGAACAGCAGUGUUGGUUUAUAAUUGGGUCAUAUCAAACUGCCAGAUGGUAUAAUCUGACACUUCAUCAUUCACCACUGCUGUUCUUGAAAACUUAAUACAAGUUAGUUUUGAGGGGAAGGUUGGGUUUAAGGUAUUUUUGAGAGGUAACGUAAAAAAAUAAUAAAGGAACGCUUGAUUGUGUGGCUUGUAACUAUCUGUAUUUUAGAUAGUUCAAGCUGGGCGUAUAGUCAAAACAAACCUAAAGUGAUUUGAUUAUUUCUAAAUGUAUUUUUGUUUUAUUUAUGUCUUUUUUUCCUGCUCCAUCUUCUCAAACCCUCCCCCUGGUCUAAUAGGUUUUUCAGCCCAAACUGCACUCAUUAAAAAAAAAAAAAGGUGGGGUGCUGUGGACAUAUUUAUCUAUCUGUGGCUAACUGUGUUUCUGAAACUAGUCUUGCAGUGCAAAGCUUUCCUACAAAGGUUUUUGCUAAAGAAAAAUCUGUUGGAUUUCUCUUUAUUAAACUCUUCUGUAUUGAAAGAGAAGAUAAUGUUUUAUCAACUCUGUUAUUUUACAUGACUUAUUAGAGGGAAGUCUGCUGUACAGAGAGAAAACCAUCCUUUAAUGUUAACACUGUUGUAGAAAGUAUAGGAUUUGGUUUGUUGGUUUGAAGUUAUAAGUGCUGAUGAUCUCCACUGAGUGACGCAGUUCUUUUUUUUAAAAAAAAAAGUAAAUAAGUCAGUUGUUAGAUUUACAUUUACUCUAUUAUACUUUGGAGGACAGGAAUGGUUUGAUUUGAUUGCACCAAGUUGAGUUAAAAAGUAUUUAAUUGCAAAUUAGGGGGAUCUCCAUUAUAUUUUUGACAAAGCCGGACAAGAGAAUAAUGGCAAUGCCAACAGUUUUAAAUACACCAGCUUCCACAGUCUUGUUCUAUUGCAGUAAUUUUGCUUUUUCUGUUUUUAAGUGUAACAGUGUAUUUUUUCCUGUAGCCUGACACUGUAAUUUUGGUUUUAUAUAGCACUAUUGUAAAUGCUUACAAUGCUUAAAUAUCAGGCAAUUCCACUAUCUUUGGGUUACAUGAUUAAUUCCUAUACUGACCUUUUGGGAUUUUAGACAAUAUAAAUUUUCAAUUUUUCCCCCCAGUUAUUUCUUUCAGUUUUCAUCUUUUUCAUUUUUGGGGAAGAAAUGAAAGCAUGUUGUUGCUUGUAAGAAAUUUUACUACAAAAAUGGUACAUAUUUUUCUCCUCUAGGCCACAUAUUAUAAUUGAAGGCAUCAUAGAAGCAGGGUGUGUGUCUCCAGCCAGCAGUCACAUGAGUUGUGGUUUGAUUUUCAAACAUUUCACUGCCAAUACAGCCCUUCUUUACAAGACAUAAAAUACCCUUGAAUCAUCAAUAUUUACUUUUUCAAUUUUUACUUGACACAUCAGUGACUGUGUUAGAUCAAUUAGAAAACCUCAAUGUUAACAGAAUUAGGUCUAAAUGUAUGGCUUAUUUUGCAUCUCUGCUGAAAAAGACCAAAAACAAAAUACCUGUUUUAAUUCUGAAGUUUGUUGCAUCUUUGGUAAUUGGACAUAACUUAUUUUAAAAGGUGUAUUAGGUCAUUGAAACAACUAAAGAUUUUGUUCUCUCUCUCUCUUUUUUUUAAAAUUUUUUUUAAACUA